AUGAUGCCUCUAGAGCAUAAAUUACCGAUGAUACCUGGACCGAAGGGCGCUUACAACUUUACGCGAUGCAAAGUGGGGAAAAAAUUAUGGAGACCGAAAUUAGAAUUUAAUUUGAACGAUCCUUAUUGCCAUGAAACCAAAUUCCUUUAUGAACCCUUGCACGACGAGCAUCUGUUUAAAUUCUUUUCUAAACCGAUUAAUCGAAACUGUCUACUGAAAGCUGAUCUAAUCACAGAUAACAUGGACGUAAAGUGUUCGCUAUACGAUUAUAACGAGUACAGGAAAUAUCUAAGGCAGCUGCACGCUGAUCGUAUUAAGAGGGAAUUGAGAAAAAGAAAUCGUCUCUUUGUCGAGAGGAGAGCCCUAUGCUUUGCCGAAGAUCAGGCGCGCAAGGAAGCGGAAAGGUAUAAUUCGUAA